AGCACUGAUAUGCUGCUUUAUAAUAUGAUACUGUGUUUUUUAUUAUGUGAAUAUAUAGUAAUUAGUAUUUAUAACACCCUAUAUUUUAAGAAGCUCCAAAGAACAUCUCGACCAGCAUCUUCUCUUGCUGGUUUUUUUCCAAAUGUGACAUUUACUAUAAUUAGAAACAGCUCAAUUUGUUUUUAUUUUUAUUUUUAUGAAGUUAUGAGACAUUAACCUAUUAAUGGAUAGAAACAAAAAAAAGAAGAAACUUUUGUUGUCAACACCUCAUUGGCAACCUCAGCAUAGAUCUUAUUCCUGAUGGUGGAUCUUAGUUUUCACGUAUUUCCCAGAGUUCCAGCUAUUGCACAUCAUUUCCUCGCGUGGAGAUUCAUGAAGAACCUCUAAUCAAUAACCCCUUUGAAGUUCAUAUGAUUUUGAAUCUACAGGGGUGAAAGAUGAUGGUUCAUUGUUGUUCUAUUUGUAGGAAGCAUCAUCAGUGAGUUUACCAAUCAUAUUUCUCUUCAACAAAACAUCCAUUGGAGGCCAAGGAGAAUCAUCUUUCAAUUCUAUAAGGAAAUCAUAGACAUUUGCACGCUCAAUCCAAAGUUGUCUUGAUUAUAUAAUGUGUAUUUGGAUACCAAUUAAUUGCAGCGCGAAUGAAUUUUCAUUCCAAUAUAUAAGAAUCAUUUAUGAGUUUACCAAUCAUAUUUCUCUAUAACAAGACAACCAUUGGAGGCUAAGGAGGAUCAGCUUUCAAUCCUAUAAGAAAAUCGUAAACAUUUGCAAGCUCAAUCUAGAGUUGUCUCGGAUACCAAUUGAUUGCAACACGAAGAGAGUUUCAUUCUAAUAUAUAAGAAGGGUUUCAUUUUUUCCCCUGAAGUGUGUGCUCGCAUUUGUUUGCACGGGGGCCAGCGAAUAUUCAAAACUAGCCAUAUCCAAUGGUUUAAUCUCUUGGUGAAGCUGUGUCAUUGACCAUUCCAGAGCCCCAUCUAGGAAGAAAGGUUACAUGGAUCAGGCCACAAAUAAAGAUGCCCCUCAGAAUUCUAUCACCUUUGUCUAUCAAACUAAAGUAGCAAGUUCAUUCCGCAGUGUAGUAGUGAUAUGGUGCAAGAACCCCAUAGAGCACUCCCUUUCCAUGACCUUGGAAAACCCUUCUGAAGAAAACAAGUACACCUGCAAGAUUGAUCUAGAAUCAGGGAAAUCAUGGGGGAAGAAGGGUCUCAAAUCCUUUGAAAUAGAAGGUGCAAGGCUAGAUAUUUUCUGGGAUUUUCGACAUGCAAAAUUCUCCACAAGUCCACAACCUUGCUCAGGUUAUUAUGUUGCCUUGGUUUACAAGAAAGAGGUGCUUUUGUUACUUGGAGACUUAGUAAAUGAUGCUUAUGCAAGAACCAAAUCAAAACCAUCACCACAAGAGGCUACCUUGUUGUGCAAGAAAGAGAAUGUGCAUGGGAAGAAGCUGUUUUGCACAAGAGCCAUGUUGGAAGAGGGUAAACCAGAACAUGAUGUUGUCAUUGAGACUUCUCUUUCUGGGCCUGAUGAUCCAGAAAUGUGGAUUAGCAUAGAUGGGAUGUUGGCAAGUAGGAUCAUGAACUUGAAUUGGAAAUUCAGAGGGAAUGAAAUAGUGAUGGUGAAUAAUUUGCCUGUGCAAAUCCUUUGGGAUGUGCAUGAUUGGUUGUUCAAUGACCUUGGUUCAGGCCCAGCCUUGUUUAUUUUCAAGCCAGGCUUCUUGGAGCAUACUAGUGAUUCUAAUAGCAGAGAAUUUACAGAAAGAAGUGAUGAUAAUAACAAACAUGACUUACUAGAGGAAAAUCUAUCCACUAGAAGUUUUUUCCAUUUUCUGUAUGCUUGGAGAACUGUUUGAGAUUCAUUUUGAUAGUAUUCUUCAAAAGUGUUUCAUUUUUGGUAGUAAAAGCGAUACUUUCACACAUUUCCUUCUUUAUUAGCAU